AUGAUAAAAUCGUAUCUUAUUUUUGCUAUUAUCAGCAUCACUAUCAGCUUUGUCGUAAGUGAUUCAUGUGAAGCUCAAUCCAACGGAACCUGUAAAUCAUGUUUGGCUGUAUCAGGCUGCGCGUUUUGUAAUGAUAACAAGAUAUGUUUUCACUACAAGAUUAGCGACAUUAAUCUUCCUUGUGACAUAUCUGAGUUGCUAGUAGAAACAUGUAUUGCAACAAUUAAAACAUGGAUUAUUGUUAUUAGUGUCGUUGGUGGUGUCCUUUUAAUUUGUAUAGUAGCUGGCGUUUGCUGUAUUUGCAGAAAAUGUAAAGCACAUUCAAUGGCAUCAGAAAGAAAAAGAGAUGUUGAAAAUGAUCAACGCAUGGAAGAACGACGAGUUGCAGCUGAAAUUCGCUCGGCUGAACGAUUGCGAGCAGCUGAUGCAGUUCGUAUGAAAUAUGGUUUACUGAAAGAAAAAUAUGGUGGGAAUGACUACGAGCGUAUGAGUUAA